AUGCCCCAAGCCGCCGACCUCGAGGAGGCGUUGAACAAGAAGGGCGGCCUUACACUUUCGCAACUCGCGAACUACGACGACAUAAUAACAGACGCACUCGUCGACCGGGUCUAUUUCUGGUCGAUCAUCCGUAAGCUGAAAGGCAAUUACCACGCAUGCCGCGGCGUUCAAGAAGAGGAGGUCGUCAAGAUUCUACAAACGCAUGUCAUUAUCGACAAAGAUCCGGCCACCGGCCUAGAGAAGCUUUUGCAAUUGCCAGGCUUGAAAAAGUAUCACAGGAGUCUCAAGACCGAAGAUGAGAAGGAGCAUUUUGUGCGCCAUCUGCGCAAGUACAUCAACACAUACCACCCGGACUGUCCAUUUGAAGUCAGUACCACGAAUCGCUAUACCAUUGCAACGGCAGAGGCCUGCGUGGUAGCGAGGAAGCAUAUUCGCAAGGGCGAAUCGAUCAAGCACCUCUCAGGCAUCCAGGUGGAGUUGUCUGAAGACGAAGAGAAGGAAUUGAAUCAAGGCACAGACUUCAGUAUAGUCAUCUCCAGUCGGCGAAAGCGACCAUCGCUAUUCCUUGGCCCAGCACGUUUUGCCAACCACGACUGCAAAUCAAAUGCAAGUCUCAACACGACAGGACCUCACGGAAUCCACAUUGUUGCACGCAAGGACAUUGAGAUUGGAGAGGAGAUUACCGUCAACUACGGCGAGGACUAUUUUGGUGAAGACAACAGAGAGUGUCUAUGCCGCACGUGCGAGAGCAUGCUUCGAAACGGAUGGGAUCCGCUGGGCCCAAUCCUGCCAGAAGACAGCAGUGAUGAAGAAUCGGAGGAGGAGGAUGAGGCAAAGCCCACUCCUAAGAGAAAGCCCGAACCAAGUCCGCCAAAGAAGAGAAAGCGACUGGACGAUGAGACCGAAGAGGUUGGCGCAUCGAAGCGACCAGUUGGACGUCCACGAAAGAUUGCCAGAGAGGAAGAGCCAAAGCGUAAGAAGAACAAGGCCCUUGCAGCGACCAUUGGUCUCGAAGACGACGAAGAAGAUGAAGAUUACGCAAGAUUUGAUUCCAGAGCAAAGGCUGCACUUGCACCCGCGAAGAAGAGCACAAAGUCAGCGAACGGCGAAUUGGCGAACCUCAAGUUCUACCCUCAAAUGACUCGUGAGCAACGCAUCGACCCCAUCCUCGACAAGAUCGUACGAAUUCUGGGCCGUGUUGCAGACCGCGAGGCUCGCAACAGGACGUUCUUCGAUCCAUCAGUAUCAUCCGGAUCCAACGCACCCACGCCGAAGACGAUAUCUGAACCAGACAGAGACGGUGAUAUUGACAUGACGGAUACCGAGGAAGAUCUUGAGCAUCUGAGCAACGGCCGUACCACCGUGCGUGGCGCACGCGGACGAUUCACCAGCGCAUCAAAGCGACCCAGCUUCAGCGAGCGCGGAAACGACAGCUCCGACUCAAUUCGAGAUCAGGAUGCUUCGGCCUCACAAGACCAGUCUGGUCCAUCUGACAGCACCAAGUCGAGACUGCAUCCCGUGAAGAAAGAACGAAGCUUUUCAAGCCUACGCAAUGUUGUCAAUGCGAACGAUGAGACGAAUGUCUACAGCAUCCAGGCAUCGCCUGCUCCACAAGCUGGACCGUCAACAAAGCGCAAGCGUGAUGUCAACGACGCUGGUGAUGAGGACGACAGCACCCAGCAAUCAUCAGCAGCAGAAGUCGAGCGACCAGCGAAGCGCGGGCGCGGCAGACCACCUAAGCACCCAAAGCAGCCGGAGGAAGUCGUGGACAACACCACUACAGACCCGAGCUCGCCAUCGUCAAACGGCAAUGAGAGUUCUUCUGGCCUCUCAAACGCUUCCAGCGCAACGUCGUUAGACACUUUCAGCGGUGGCAACAUUGCACAAGGCAUUUGCGACAUGCUUACCAGCGGCCCUGAUUCCGAGCUGCGCCAGUCAGCCGCCAUCAAAGAAGAGGUCAAGGUGACGAAGACGCGUACAACCAUGACCCGAUCGAAGAGCCAGGUGCGAACCACCACCACGCAGGAGACUGUCGAGGCCGCGCUUCUUUCUCCUGAAAAGGGUGAUCGAGGUCGAGAUGCGAUUCGCAAGAGCCCUCGCGGCGCACGUGUCGAUCGAUCCCAGCCUGCUGUCACCAGCAUCGAGAAGACCGAAUCCGAAGAGGACGGUGACGAAAUCAGACGUGGAGAACCACGCACCCCAGGCGACUACCAUCUCUGCGAGGCGCUACUGGUCACUCAAUACCACAGAUGGGUGGAAUGCAGAAACUGCGAUGAGCACUUUGUCCAGCCAGAGGCAUACCAGACGCGCAUUGCAUGCCCACGAUGCGAGCGGCACAGCAAGCUGUAUGGAUAUUACUGGCCAAAGACGGACAAGGAAGGCAAGCAUGACAAAGAGGAGCGCAUCCUCGAUCAUCGCCUGAUCCACCGCUUCAUCGACCCAGAAGAAGAGCGCUUCGAGCGCAAGGGCAAGAAGGCACUCGCAGAGGUGCUUCGCGAGAAAGAGGAGAAGGAGAUGAGUGAGCAGCGAGAGAGCGCAGAGAUGCCUGACCGGGUCGAGCGGUCAUUCCGGGUGUCCAAGAGGCGGAGCGAGAGCCGUCGCAAGAAGUCCGCGAGGACUACGAUAUGA